UUAAUAAUGUUAAAAAUAUGCAGAAAAAUAUUGUAUUUCAGCAACAGUUAACAAUAUGACUUUUGACAAGUAGGCUAUAAAUACAAAAAAAAGUGCUGAAAUAAUGUUGAAAAAGCUUUAAAAAACAGCCGUAGGAAGAGGAUGCUUAAAUAUUUCCUCAACAAAUUAUGACACAUUGUAUAUUAUAUAUCACUCUGCAUGAAGUUAUGACCUAUUUAAACUAUGCACUUGAAUACUUUCCUUGUAUAUUAUAUUGCUGUAUGAAAAGGUACUUGAACAUUUUUCCUGUUCUCUUUCACUGAGAUAGAUGGACAUUUUCCCUUAGUAUAUAUAGCAGAAAGUUGAAAUUAGAGGUAAAAGUACUUAUCUUUGUUGGAAAGAAAUGCAGUCUUUCCAACUUCUGUUGCUGUUAAUGGCUAUUAACCUAUGUUUAGCCAUGUUUCAUCCGAAAGGAGAUUUAGACGGACUUGAGGAAAAUGUAUUAAUCAGAAACAGACGGUCAAUGGAUCGAUCUAGUCCAAGUACUAGAUCAAAUUCCAAUUCUAGUGGUGGUGGUAAUAGUCGUAGACAAAAUCGAAAUUCCAACGAUCAAAACUCGUCAAGCUCUGGAAACAAUAGAGGAAGUGGGAGGAAUUCAAAUCGUACUGGAGGGAAUAAUGGUAAUGGAGGAGGAAGAAGACGAGGAAAUGGAAACAAUCGCAGGUCUACCAUGGAUUCAAGUUCUUCCACAACACAGAUGGAUAGCGAUUAUUGAGCUAUUUUUUGAAAAACUUUUUUUUCCAGUGUGAUUAUUGAAUAAAAAUUUUAUAUUAUCUGCA